CUCUCAGAUGUGGAUGUAAGGAGGUGAGAAAGGAAAGCAGAUGGCGGCCACGAAGAACAGCCCUGGUCCUAUGCCCAUGGGCACCGCUCAGGGGGACCCUGGAGAGGCAGGAACACUGUCUGAGGCUGGCAUCUGGGACACGGGUUCCAACACUCAACUGAAGAAGCCGCAGAAAGCGCGCAAGAUCAAGGCGCUCAUCAUUGACCUGGGCUCCCAGUACUGUAAGUGCGGCUACGCGGGGGAGCCGAGGCCCACCUACUUCAUCUCCUCCACCGUGGGCAAGCGCAGUGCCGAGACGCCGGCCGACGCGGGCGACACCCACACGGGCAAGGAGACCUACGUGGGCCACGAGCUGCUCAACAUGGAGGCGUCUCUGAAGCUGGUGAACCCGCUGAAACACGGCACCGUGGUGGACUGGGACUGCGUCCAGAACAUCUGGGAGUACAUCUUCCACACGGCCAUGAAGAUCCAACCCGAGGAGCACGCCGUGCUGGUCUCCGACCCCCCGCUCAGCCCCAGCAGCAACCGGGAGAAGUACGCCGAGCUCAUGUUUGAGACCUUCAGCAUCCCGGCCAUGCACGUGACGUCCCAGGCGCUGCUGUCCAUCUACUCGUACGGCAAGACCUCGGGGCUGGUGGUGGAGAGUGGGCACGGCGUGUCGCACGUGGUGCCCAUCUCCGAGGGAGACAUGCUGCCCGGCCUGACCAGCCGCGUGGAUUACGCUGGCAGCCUCCUCACCAACUACCUGAUGCAGCUGCUCAACGAGGCCGGCCACAAGUUCACGGACGACCACCUGCACAUCGUGGAGCACAUCAAGAAGAAGUGCUGCUACGCGGCGCUGCAGCCCGAGGAGGAGCGCGGCCUGGACGUGCAGGAGCUGCGCGUGGACUACGAGCUCCCGGACGGGAAGGUCAUCACCAUCGGCCAGGAGCGCUUCGGCUGCUCCGAGAUGCUCUUCCAGCCCUCCCUGGCCGGCUGCGAUCAGCCCGGCCUCCCCGAGCUCACGGCCGCCUGCCUGGACCGCUGCCAGAACACGGGCUUCAAGGAGGAGAUGGCCGCCAACGUCCUGCUGUGCGGCGGCUGCACCAUGCUGGAAGGCUUCCCCGAACGCUUCCAGAGGGAGCUCAGCCUCCUCUGCCCCGGGGACAGCCCCACCGUGGCCGCAGCCCCCGAGAGGAAGACCUCGGUGUGGACCGGCGGCUCCAUCCUGGCCUCGCUGCAGGCUUUCCAGCAGCUGUGGGUCAGCAAGGAAGAGUUUGAGGAGCGGGGCAGUGCGGCCAUCUACUGCAAGUGCUGAGUGCCCAGCCCCACGGGCAAGGGCUCCAGCGGGGCCACUCUCUAGUUUUACAGAAUUUCACAUAAAGGUUUUAAGUACA